GAGCAAUGUCUGCCCCUCCAACAGAUGUGGAAAAGGAUGAGGAGAAGACCUCGGAACCUCCAAGAAAAAUCAAGGAAAUCCUGAAGGAGUUCCAAGAUAUUCUUCCCGACGACCUCCCCGACGAGCUACCGCCAUACCGAACGCACCAACAUGAGAUCGUGGAGGAACCAGGUUCGAAGCCGACCUUCGGAGCACCAUAUCGUCUCAGCCCCACAGAGCUAGCCGACAUGAAGAAGCAGAUCGAGUAUCUCCUCACCAAAGGACUCAUCCGACCAUCCAAUUCACCAUACGGUGCCCCAGUACUCUUCACACCGAAGCCAGACGGAAGCUUGCGCAUAUGCAUCGACUACCGAGCUCUCAACAAGAAGACCAUAAAAAACAAAUACCCAAUCCCACGAAUCGAUGACCUGCUUGACCAAAUUCGAGGAGCCACGAGCUACUUUGCCCUCGAGAAAGUCCAAUUCCUCGGACAUAUCGUAAGCGCUCAAGGAGUUCACGUCGACCCCAAGAAAAUCGAAGCCGUGCGUACGUGGAAAACACCCGAGAACGUGAAGGAGUUACAGCAAUUCCUUGGCUUCGCUAACUACUACAACAGGUUCGUGCCGCAAUACGCGAAAAUCGCCGCGCCACUCACGGAUCUGCUGAAGAAGAACACGCCCUAUAAAUGGGAGCCACAACACCAUGAAGCCGUGGAGCUCCUGAAGCAAGCACUCACGUCCGCACCCGUACUCAUCUUGCCAGACCCCGAACGCGACUACGUCAUCGAAGCUGACGCCAGUGACCAGACAGUGGGAGCAGUCUUGAUGCAAGACCAGGGGAAUGGACUGCAACCAAUCGCCUACCUUAGCAAGAAACUACACGGGGCAGAUAUCAACUACCCGAUACACGACAAGGAGGCUUUGGCUAUCAUCAUCGCCUUCAAAACGUGGAGAUGUUAUCUUGAAGGACGCAAAACAAUAGUCUACACCGACCAUUGCAGCCAAAAAUAUUUAAAGACGCAACCAAGCCUCUCCAGGCGACAGGUUCGGUGGAUCGACUUUCUCGAGACACACUUCCACUACGACAUCCGACAUCUGCUACAGUGGGACAACGACAUCGCGUACCGGAAAGGAUCAACGAAGAUCUGGGCACCAAAUUACCCUCCUUUGCGCCAGUUACUACUCGCAGAAUACCACGACGUCCUGUACGCAGGACACUUCGGUAGCAACAAGACGCUCUCCGGUAUCGCCAAACACUACUACUGGCCCCACAUGGCAGAUGACGUACAGAAAUUCGUCACCUCGUGCACUACAUGUCAGCGGAUGAAGAGCAGCAAUCAGAAAAAGACGGGACUGCUACAGCCUCUUCCUGUCCCAGAACAGCCCUGGCAAGUAGUCAGCCAAGACUUCAUCACCGGGCUACCAACUACCACAAGCGGUCAUGACGCGAUCCUCGUCGUCAUCGACAAGUUCUCCAAAAUGGGGCACUAAUCUCGUCAAGUACUGCAUUUCAG